AUGGCAAAAUCCGCAAGGCGAUCAGGUCGCAAAACACCCGCUUCAACACCAGGCUCAUCCGGCGCCUCAACACCAAGCUCCGUCUCAGGCCCAAUUCCACCCUUCAUCAAAGUCCCACCAGCGCUGCAGUCCUUCGUCGAACCACUCUCCCCAAAAGAAGUAUACCUAGUCCACCUGGACAUAACAGCGGAAGACCUAAAACGCCAAACCUUCACCGUCCCCCUCAUCGUCAACCUAGUAGUCGGCGCCGUGAUCGCGCUACGUGUAUACCAGGGAAUCAGCACAUACCCAGCCCUCAUCGCCACGCUAAUCGGGCUACAAAGCUCGAUGACAGUGGACACGGCCACGACCCCGUGGACAGAGGGGUUACAAAUCGUGCUGCGGCGCACGGGAACCCUGCUGAUCGACUACUUCCUCGUGACGAUGUUCCUGUCAUGGCCGAUUAAUUUUAUUAAGGGGCCCGUGCGUUGGCGGCGUGCGGUGGGGUUCCGUGAGCGCGAGGUCAUCGUGCGCCGCAGCCACCGGAGCUGGAGUCAAAAGCUUGAGCGCAAUAAGUGGAUUCGGGAGGAUGAGGCGCGGCGUGAUAAGAUCAUUGCUGCUGUUACGCCGGAGCGCAUUGGGAAGACGGGGUAUUUGCUUGUGGAUGAGGACUGGAAUUUGGAUUAUAAUGCUAUGAUUCGGGCUCAUGCACUUGUUGAUCGUACGAGGCAGGGAGAUGGGGUGCAGAUGGAUGAGUUCCGUACUGCGGUCUUGGUCCAUACUGAUCCUGAUGGCUGGUUGAUUUGGCGUGUUGGGGAUGAGAAUACUCCUGCCGGUCGUCAGCGUUCUGAGCAGCGUGAUCAGAUUCUUGCUUUCAAGGAUAAGUUGACUGAGAUGGGCAAGGAAGACCUCUUCCUUCGGUGGGUUGAGUUGAUUCAAUGGGAAAGCUCGCAGCCCGGUGGCUUCACUCCGGAACGGCAGCGGUCUGCAAUGUUCCAGGCAAAGCAACUGUUCGAAGAUGAGAAUGUGGACUUUAGCAGUUUCUGGGACGACAUGGGCGGUAUGGAAGGAAUGGGUGAAUUAGAUUAG